AUGCGGUGCGCCCUUGUAGUUCCCAAAAAUCCGGAGUCAGCAUCUCUGCGUCCGUUGCGCACAGCUGGAGGGACGUUCCGCCGCGGCGAGGAGCCCAGCAACCGUCGGUACAGAUAUAACUUCCUGUUUGGAGUCAAGACAGUAAACAUGCACUCGCCUCAGAGGAGGAGACUCAGGAGCAGUCGCCUCCUCUUCUUCAUCUCAGGUGUGCUGCUGUGUUUUGUCUACACCCUGAAUCUAAAGGCCAGGGUGUCAGAAACGCAAGCCUCCAUCCAGACUGAUGACUCUGUUGGAGCAGAAAGAGGUGCUGAUGAUGUUGUGGAAGUCAACAUCCGGGAGGUGAUGGCAUCCAAUGAGACUGAAGAGGAGGUUGUGGCACACGAGAGCACCAAACCUCCUCUGGUGGAGAUCACCAAACCUCCUCUGACUAUAAUCGUCAACAGGACUGAUAUUGAACAGUGUAUUUAUGUAGAUCCUCAACCUCCUAAACCACCUACAACUCCCUCACCAUUGACCACUACAGCUCCUCCUCCCCACCACCCAACCCAGCCCCCUCACAAGAAGGGUGAUUACCCAGAGGACCUCUUCUCAGUGGCGCAGCGACGACAAGGCUGGGUGGUCCUGCACGUUAUAGGCAUGACCUACAUGUUUGUUGCCUUGGCCAUUGUUUGUGAUGAGUUCUUUGUUCCUGCUCUGGAGGUCAUCACAGACAAGUUGGAGAUCUCCGACGAUGUGGCCGGGGCCACGUUUAUGGCAGCUGGAGGCUCUGCCCCAGAGCUCUUCACCUCCCUGAUCGGCGUUUUCAUCUCCCACAGCAACGUGGGCAUCGGCACCAUUGUGGGCUCGGCCGUCUUCAACAUCCUGUUUGUGAUCGGCAUGUGUGCCAUCUUCUCCCGGGAGAUGCUGCACCUCACCUGGUGGCCUCUCUUUAGGGACGUGAAUUUCUACAUCUUGGACCUCGUCAUGCUCAUCAUUUUCUUCCUGGAUAACAUCAUCCUGUGGUGGGAGAGCGUUUUGCUUUUGAUGGGCUACGUGAGCUAUGUGAGCUUCAUGAAGUUCAACAGUCAGAUUGAGGAAACAAUCAAAACCCAGCUCAACAAGCACAUGAGUAUCGUGAAAGUGUGGACCACAGAGGAGCCAGAAAAGGACAGCGAAGCUGCACCUCCUCCUGCUGCUCCUUCUGCUCCUCCUGCUCCACCUGCUGCUCCUGCUGCUCCCCCUACUGCUCUUCCUGCUGCUCCACAACCAAAAGAUGGAGAGAAAUCCAAACCAGAAGUUACUCCGCCUCCGAGCAGCCCUCAGCGCAACCCUCAGCGAAGCCCUCAGCGAAGCCCUCAGCGAAGCCCUCAGCGCCACCACCUGCAGGCGGAUACACAAGAGGAGAAAGCAAGGCUCAGGGUGCGUCCGGUCCUCCAGAGAGGUGGGAGUUCAGCUUCCCUCCACAACACCUCGCUGCGGAACACCAUCUUCCAGCUGAUGAUCCACACACUGGACCCGCUGGGGGAAGAAACAUCCUUUAAUGGUGAUGUCAGAGGGGAGGGGCUUGUACAGAGAAAAGCAAAGAACAAAAUAAAGCCUCUGAACAUCCCAGUGACAGAAAAACUGCAGAAAGAGUCGCAUCACCACCACACUAAAGAUGAAGAUCAGAAACCAAAGUCUGAGCAGCCUGCUGCUGCUGGAACACCGGGGGGCGCUGCAGCCACGCCGUCCACCUCACAGCCCCCUAAAACCGAAGAGGCCACGCAGAAGACGCCACAGAAGGCAGAGGAGUCAAAGGGGGCGGCAGCAUCAGCACCAGCGGGGGGGUCAGAGGGCUCGGGGGGCAGCUCUGAGGACGAGAGCGGCGACGAGGAAAGCAGCGAGCCCAGCGAAAGCGAGGAGGAGGACUACAAUGAGGAAGACAAGGAUGAUGAAAAGAAAGAAGAGGAAGAGGAAAACGAGCCGCUUUCUUUAGAAUGGCCUGAGACCCCCCGUAAGCAGGUCACCUACCUGCUCCUGCUGCCCAUCGUGUUCCCGCUCUGGCUCACGCUACCUGACGUUCGUAACCUGACAUCCAGGAAAUUCUUCGUCAUGACAUUCAUCGGCUCCAUCUUUUGGAUCGGCAUCUUCUCCUACCUGAUGGUGUGGUGGGCUCAUCAGGUGGGGGAGACUGUGGGCAUCUCAGAGGAAAUCAUGGGCCUGACCAUCCUGGCGGCAGGGACUUCUAUCCCCGACCUGAUCACCAGUGUGAUCGUGGCCCGGAAAGGCUUGGGCGACAUGGCCGUGUCCAGUUCGGUGGGCAGUAACAUCUUUGACAUCACUGUUGGUCUGCCUGUCCCGUGGCUCAUCUACACCUUUCUCCACAACGGUGAGCCGGUGACCGUUAGCUCCAACGGUCUGUUCUGCGCCAUUGUGCUGCUCUUCCUCAUGCUCCUCUUCGUCAUCAUCUCUAUCGCUGCCUGUCGCUGGAAGAUGAGCAAAAUGUUGGGCCUCACCAUGUUCGUACUGUACUUUGUGUUCCUGGUCCUCAGCGUCAUGCUGGAGGACCGCAUCAUCGUCUGUCCCAUUUCCAUCUGAGCUGAUGGGCUCAACAGAACCGCUGCACACCACUUAACAUCGCCAGGCAGGAUCAGUACUGUAUGUUGGAUACUUUAGAUAGUAUAAUAUCAAACAGCAGGCCAGAUGUUAUGUUGUUAUAGGAAAAUUCCACCCUAAACACAUCUUUGUUUUUCUUAAACAGCUGUACAGUAACCAUCGCCUGUUUUUCCACAAUUAAAACAAAAAGAAUCAAAUUAAAAGUUUAAGAGUUGAUUGGUGAACAUGUUAGACGUAGGCUCUACGCGUGGUUCUACUUUUGGUUGUUGCCAUCUUGAGGACGUGCAAAAGAUGAAUGUGUG